AUGCCGUCGGCAGAUGCCCUCGUGCCGUCGUCAGAGGCCAAAGAGAAGGCACCACCCGUUGUUCCACCUCGUACAAAGAAACGACGAGUCACCGAGUUGAAAUGCUCUGAGGUGCGGUGGUUCUAUCGACGGAAAGUGGUCGAAACCAAGUGGACACCGUUUGCAGGGUGUGACUCGUUGAUGUUGGAAGUAUACUGGCGUAGCAAAUUUGGUGUGGAUUUGGACGUGCAAACCUCACAGCAUCUAUCCGGCAAUAGCGCAUUGACAACGAAUAAAAUUGCUGUGAUGGAUGGCUUGUAUACAGUUGCAGACGAUGCUAUGACGAUGAUACAAGCGAUUUAUUGGAAAGAUGAUGAGAUGGAAAUCCGUCGUGGCACAUGGUUUCUGGUGGAGAGUCUGCAACCGAUCAAUCCCGAUAUGGCUGAUCCGAUUGAGAAGCAUCACCUGCACGUGUUCCGGUCACAGACCAUUCCGGACACUCCGGUGUUUAGCGAGAAGGAGACGAGCAGGAAGCCGUUGCUGACAGAAUUGAAACUACAAGACCAGUAUGAGGUGCGGUGGAAUUCAGUGAUUGACACGACACUGUACAAUAACUCGAAGACGAGUCGUCUGUUCCGGUAUAUCACUUGGGGUAAGGGAACGCAACUGAAGCGAGGCUAUGAGGAGGCCUCGUGGGAGGAUGGUAAACGCAAGAUCAGCCAUUUGAUCAUGGUGGUGCAUGGGAUUGGACAGAAGGGAUACGAGAAUCUGAUAGCGAAGAAUUCAGAGCAGUUAGUUUUGCUAAUUUAA